AUGGGUUGUACGAAUACAAAGGAGUCCUCGGAAAGAGGAGGUGGCAAUGCUUCAGAGCUCGGUAAAGGAGGCCGCGUUGGUCUUACCGGUGUACUGGCGGCGAAUGGCCUCCAUGGUGGCGGGAGCGCAAAUGAUCAGGUGCACUGGCCUACAUGUCAUUUCUGUGGUAAGCGUAUCCCUGAGAAAGAGUACAAUGCGCAUACUGUCAUGUGCGAUGAGCGUGAGGUGACUUGCUGGAACUCGUGGUGCCGGCAGAUUGUGAAGCAGGGGAUGCUGCAUAAUCACCUUGAGGAGUGUGCCAAGAAGCAGCGGGCACUGUGCUACAAGUGUGGUGCCGAUCUGCUUGCCACCGAGCUUCAGGCACACCGGGACGGAUGCCAACCUCAAAAGUGCACAUCUUGUGGAGAACUGUGCAUCACACGCAUCAUGAAGUGGUGCCCGGACAAUUUUAUCACACGUGUCCCUAUUAUGCAUGGUCCCUUUGCAACGGAGGUGUUGUUGGCACGGUAUGUCAAGGGGGGAGCCCAAAACAAAAGUGGGGGGGCUGCCCCAGUCGCACUUGUUAGCUACAAUGUGGCCCGCAUGCAACUUCUAUGGCGUUGGACGAAGGCAAAGUCGUAUCUUGAAGAGGCCAUUUUCCGUCUGACCUCCAAGGAGAUGAACCUCAAGAAGGAGGGUUUUGCCAUAUUUAAGGCACUCGAUAAGGUGAGCGAUUCUCACGUGUUAGAACCACGGCGUUCACGUUCCAUUCUUCAAACGCCAGUUGUGGCACCUGCCAUCUCUUCCCACUACUUCCCAACCCGCAUGGCGGAGCCUAUUACAAUUGAAGUCGUUCAACGACUUAUCAACGACCUCACGGAUCAUGUAUUGCUUCCAUACCCCGCUGCCUGGCGUGUCUUCACGGAUGCCAUGAGUCACCUGAACACGAUGCCGAAUGUUGUGCGCCUUAGUCCCCCUGUUGGGGCACGUGUAUCAAAUGGAAGGAUCAAUCAAGGCUCAAAGGUUGUUGUUGUUGGAGAUCUUCAUGGGCAGCUGGCGGACCUCCUGCAUAUACUUAAGGAGUGUGGGAUGCCGAAUGAGGGUACAUAUUACAUUUUUAAUGGAGACUUUGUGGACCGUGGUGCCAAUGGUGUAGAGGUGUUGUUGAUUCUCUUUUCGCUGAUGCUGGCAUGUCCAAAAUACGUCACACUGAACCGUGGUAAUCACGAGUGUGACUAUAUGAAUGAUGAAUAUGGGUUUGAUGUAGAAGUAAGCACUAAAUAUGAUCGGAACGUUUUUCGUCUUGUGCAACGUUGUUUCUGCGCCCUCCCACUGGCCACCAUCAUUGGCAAAAAAGUGUUUGUCGUGCAUGGAGGGCUGCCACGCCGGAAGGGGGUAAAUAUUGAAGACAUCUCUCGGAUUCAGCGUUUUCGGCAGAUUCCGAUGCCAGAUUACUCACAACCAGAGGAGGAUGAAAUAUUUCAGGAUUUGUUAUGGUCCGAUCCGGUGGAGGAUUUGCAAGGGUGGCGUGAAAGUCCACGGGGGGCGGGCGUUGUAUUUGGCGCAGAUGUCACGCAGGAGUUUUUGCAAAACAAUGGACUUGAACUUGUUAUACGCUCACAUGAGGAGUGCCUACGGGGGUAUGAAGAACACCAUGAUGGAAAACUGUUGACUGUUUUUUCUGCAAGUAACUACGAUGGGCCCGAGACAAAUUUUGGAAGUUUUGCUGUAUUUGUUGGGGAUAAUCCAGAACCCUCCUUUCAUACAUAUCAGGUGGCGGAAGAUGAUGUGGAGGUGCAGACGCUUGUGGACCUUGGCGAGACAUUUACGCCGACAUUAGGGAGGGUCUCAUCCUUCGCUACACUCUCGCAGUCCAAACUUCUCCUGCGACGGCGGGCGAGGGAUGACGUACUUCGUGUCCUGCGUGAGCGCAUUUACCAACGACGACAUCGACUUCUGGCCUACUUUGCAAAACUUGACCGCACACGCAAGGGAUCUGUGUGGAAGAUUGAGUGGGUGGAGGCGAUGCGAAAUGUACUAAAUUUAGACCUUCCGUGGUUCUUCCUGCGAGGGUACCUCGUUGCUGACGACGAGAAUACGCGCGUCUGGUACUCACACUUCCUGGUGAAAUUCCACAACUUUUUUCAACCACUUUGGCUUAAUGAUUGGAUCCAAAGUGCAUGUUAUCAUUUGACGCAGCAGCAACGGGCAAAUCAUCGUUCCCAAUAUGUUGCUAAGGCGUUUAACAAGGAACAAGUCAGCUAUAAUGAGUUUUGCUCUGUCAUUCGUGCUAUUGACUAUACAAUGAGUGAGGCACAACUCUUUCAACUAUUUGUUUACUUAGAUGAGGGCGGCACAGGCCACAUUGAUGGACCAAAGUUUGUGAACAUGCUCUCUGAGAUGGCGGCGUACCCGUUGUCCGACACCCUGCGGUGGGACCUCGGGGCCAUGGAGCAGCUGCAGAGCGUUGUCAUUCAAGGCCGCAGUCAGCUACCGUAUCUUUUCAAGGUGACUUCCAAGGACCGAGCACUGCCGAAGGAGAAGUUUAUGUUGGGUCUUGCACAGCUCGGCCGCGGGAUGCGGAAGCAGUUGACGCAGCAACAAAAGGAGAAGAUCUACGAGUUUUUGGCAGAGCGGGCACCGCCGUCUGGUGUCAUGUUUGAACACUUUUUGUUCAUGACGGCAGUGUUUGAUGUGCAGGCAAUGCCACGUUCUCCCGCCGUUGUUCUCGCAGACGUCAAUUUAUUUGGAAACUACCUCAAGAACUCAAGCUUCUCCUCGAUGUGCAAAUGA